AUGGCAUCAAGAAUGUUAUUGAAGAGAGAAAUCAGCAAGAAGCGACAUGCACCAUCUUCUUUGACGUCCAUAGAAUCACUUCCAAGAGACUUGUUACUAGAAGUUGUUACAAACGUAGCCUCUCAAUCUUUUAUUGACCUUCACAACAUGAAAAUGUGUUGCAAAGAUUUUCUUGAAGUCACGGAAGACAAACACGUGCUACAAAAUAUUUCUUUGGACAAUUUCCCUUUGAUCCAAUGGUUUCUUAACGAAAGAGCAUUGUCCUUUUUGAAACGUUGCAUGGAAUGUGAAAAUAUUGAGAGUUUAUUUAGAGAAGGAUUAAGAGAAUAUUUUAGGUAUCCAAAUGGAAACAUUGAUGGUCUUGAAAAUUUAAAGAAGGCUUCUCAAAAGGGUCAUAAAGAGGCAAAAUAUGUGUAUGGUAUGAUUUUGUUGUGUUCCGAAGAUUAUGAGUCAAGAAAAGAAGGAUUUGAGCAUAUGCGAUAUUUAAGGAAAUUUAAAUGUAUUAUGAGUUCAAGAAAGAAGGUGCAAUAUUUAACUAGUUUUUUGUGGAAAAAUAAUGGGAUGUUGGUGCGUAAUCAAACUCCUUUAUGCAACUCCAAGAGCACGUGCAAGGGAUGGAGAGUGAAGAAAGGUCGUUGGUUAUUGUUGGAUGAUGACGAUGAUGACAUUGGAUUGUGUGAAUAUUGUAGAUGGGAUCAUGAGUUGGAGUUCUUUUAUAAGUUAUUUAAUGUUCACUAGUUCUCGUUUCUUGAAAUAAUAUGCAUGGACUAGCUUUA